CCUACCUUGUAUAUCGGGACCCUUCUCCCAUCUGUUCACCCGCGCAUCAUUCCUAUACACACCACCGUUCGCUCAUGCCGGUGCUGAGUGCAGCGCGCCGCACAUCGUUACCACCUUCCCCUGUUUGGGGUGUGCGACGACGAUAUCGCGACCAAGGAAUAUGAAAUUCGCAAAGGAGCUGGACCGUGAUCUCGUGCCUGAAUGGAGAGUCAAGUAUUUGGAUUACAAGACCGGGAAAAAGAAACUUAAGGCGAUACGUCGCGCGCUCAGAUCCGUCAAUCAAACCCCCCGAUUACGUCUUCGUGGCGGUACCACCUUCACACCGUCGCCAUUUGAUACCGCCCCCAAAUAUUCUUUCCUCAAUCGCAACCAUGGAAAAGCCAUCGACACGUCGCGAGAACCCGAAAAUCUGAGAGCGAUCGCAAUCGACAAGUCCAAAUCGGAACACGAAGCGAAUUCGUCUGGGAAAUCGCGCUUGAAUGGUGAGAAUAAAGAUGAGGAGGCGCCCUUGAACGCUCAGGAAGACCCGAGAUACCCAGGCUUGACACGAUACGGUAGCAUCAUUGGAACACCGCCAAAGCAUGGCGCGUCUUUGGACAAGGCCAAACGUCCGCCUUCCCUGAAGCUACCAGGCGCAGCUCUCGAUCCAGACAAUACCUUUCCGGCAGUAGGACCGUCUGACAGGCGACAUGCGAGCGCAUCGGAGAGGCUCCCCUCAAGCAGUGAGGCAGGGACGGAAACCAACAACGCUUUUGAAGUGGGAAAAACAAGGUCGCCGACAGCCGCCAAAUCUCUUCCGGCUCGAUACAAGAGCAUCUUCAGCCCAAAACGCAUGAAUUCGACUCCCAGCGUGCCGGUCAGCCAACCCCCUCGACCACUUGCAAAACGAGUCUUUUCCUUGGCCCAAAACACACCUCCGCCUGCGCAUGGUGACGUUCCCCUUGAGGCUUAUCGCGAACUUGAUAUGCGACAAGCCGAGUUCUUCCAUUUCCUGGACAUGGAGCUGGACAAGAUCGAGACAUUCUACAAACAAAAGGAGGAUGAAGCUACAGAAAGGCUGGGUGUCUUGAGGGAGCAGUUGCACACGAUGGCAGAUAGCAGGUUGACGGACUUGAUCGAACGCCAUACCGCGAAGAUCAAGGCAAAGGCUGAUAAGCAUACAGCUGCAGGAAAGCCACUGUUGAAUGGUCGAGGUGGAGGUUCACAUGAUAUAGACACUAACAAUGGGCACAACGGCUCAAUGAUGAACCCAACAUCUCUGAUUGAUUCUGCUUUACAGGCUGUGCAAGCCGGCAAGUAUGGGAAGAGUACCAAAGCUAUGCAUGGACUCGCUACGCCGUCUGCCCUGCGUCCUGCCAGUUCUGAUGAUCGCGGCGACUACCAACGCAAACCAGAGAGAUCACAUAUACCCUAUCAGACUGCCAAAAGAAAGCUCAAGGUAGCGCUACAAGAGUAUUAUCGAGGAUUAGAGCUUCUCAAAUCAUAUGCACUCCUGAAUCGCACGGCUUUCCGCAAAAUCAACAAAAAGUAUGACAAAGCAGUGAACGCAAGACCGUCGCUCCGAUACAUGUCCGAGAAAGUCAAUCAGGCUUGGUUUGUAAACAGCGAUGUCAUUGAGGGACAUAUUCGUGCUGUCGAGGAUCUUUACGCGAGAUAUUUCGAGAAAGGCAAUCAUAAAGUGGCUGUCAACAGGCUGCGGAUUAAGAUCGCCCGGGCCGGCGACUAUACCGAAAACUCAUUCCGGAACGGUCUCAUGCUAGGUUUUGGCGCGGUUUUCGGUGUUCAGGGUAUCGUCAAAGCUGUUGAACUCCUUUACGGAGACGACCAAACCCGGGUCACGAACACAAGCUAUCUAUUACAGAUUUAUGCUGGGUACUUUUUCAUGAACUUCCUGUUCAUUCUGUUUUGUCUGGAUUGCCGUGUAUGGAGCACUCACAAGAUCAACUAUGUUUUCGUUUUCGAAUACGAUACCCGCCAUCACCUGGAUUGGAGACAGCUUUUUGAGCUUCCUUGUUUCUUCCUCUUCCUCUUGGGCUUAUUCAUCUGGCUGAACUUUAGCCAAUACGGGGAUCCUAAUAUAUUCCUCUAUUAUCCAGUCAUUCUCCUCGGACUCACGGCAAUCCUGUUAUUCAUUCCAUUGAAAAUUUUCUACUACAGAAGUCGGUUAUGGCUUCUAGUCUCAAUGUGGCGCUUGAUUUGCGCGGGAUGCUAUCCUGUGGAGUGGCGUGACUUCUACAUGGGCGACAUGUUCUGUUCACUUACGUACACCAUGGGUAACAUUGAGUUAUUCUUUUGUCUCUAUGCUAACCAAUGGGGCAAUCCCACCCAAUGCAACUCAUCGAGUUCGCGCCUAUUGGGCUUUUUCACUACUCUCCCCGGUAUCUGGCGUGCAUUCCAGUGUUAUCGCCGCUACCACGACUCUGGCAAUGCAUUUCCCCAUCUCCUCAACUUGGGAAAGUACACGGCAACAAUCUUGUUCUACAUGAUGCUCAGCAUCUAUCGCAUAGACAAAAGUACCACUAACCGUGGCCUCUUUAUCACUUUCGCCAUUAUCAAUUCCAUUUACUGCAGUUUUUGGGACGUGUACUAUGAUUGGAGUUUGGGUGAUCCGCAUGCCAAACAUCCGUUCCUUCGUCAGACUUUAGGAUACAAGAGGGCUUGGUGGUACUACACAGCCAUGGUCAUCGAUCCACUUCUACGCUUCAACUGGAUCUUCUACGCCGUAAUUCCACUCCAAGUCCAACACUCCGCCAUAACCUCAUUCUGCGUAGCCCUCAGCGAGAUCUGCAGACGAGGCAUGUGGUCCCUCUUCCGCGUCGAAAACGAGCACUGCUCCAACGUCGGCCAUUUCCGCGCCUCUCGCGACGUUCCGCUUCCUUACGAAGUAGCUGCCACACAUCAAGACCAACAGCAACAACAGCCUCAACACAUAGAUCCCCACACCGACGAAGAACAAGGCAUCCCCCACCCGGGGAUUACACACCGCCCAACGUACGACGGUGCUCACGCCACAGGUACGGACCUCGCACAGACGUCUUCACACUCAUCGUCGUCAUUCCGCCGCCGCCACAGCGCGUCCGAUCAAACGCCUUACCAGCCAUCCCCCCUCACCCGCGGUCUCACCCGCAUCGGAACAAUCAUGCGCACAGCCCACGCCCAAGAUUUCGAAAAACGCAAGAAACCCGAACUCGGCGCCUCAUCCGCACACGGCGCGAAAGAAGAGGAAGAUGAUGAUGACGACGACGAUACGGACGAUGACGAAGAAGAGAGCUCCGGAGAGCAGAGCGGAAGGUCGAGCGCUAGUCGUGGGUCUGUUGUUGCCGCGGCCGCCGCUGCUUCCGCGCGGACUGUUGUUGCUUCUGCGGCUGAUGUGCAGAGCGCGAGGGAGAUUGAUGAGGUUAGGGGGAAUUUGGCGGUAGGCAGGGGGGAGGGGUCGUCUUCGCGGUCGUGA